AUGAAGCAUCAAAGCGAAUGGCAAGAACAUCAGAAAAAAUGGACAACAGGAGACUCUAUCCUUCCCGAGCCGUCAGCUAUGCAAGCAUCCCGCGAACCUCAUGACUUCCGCGUUCCCGAUACAUGGCAAACAACACAGGCUCAUGUACCAACCCCAUCCAGCAACUCUGUCCCAGAGCAACCAACACCCACUCAGUAUACACUUUCAAACCUCGAUCUCAGCGCUGGCGUCGGCGCCUCCACAGACCCUUAUUACCCUGGUGACAACCUCAUGGGUCCCAGAGGCAUCUCUGGCAUUCUUCCCGGGGCUGCGCAAUGGAAAGGCGCAUGGAGCGCGAACGACAAUGUCAUGGCCAGCGUUGAUGCUCCUGUCGGACUAAAUCCAAUACUCAAUAACAACAUCGGAAACGCUAAUCCUUUCGAUACCAAUAUGAGCGACCACACAAGCCCGUCGCGCAAUAACAGUACAGGGCUGACCCCACAAUCAACCCACUCCGCUUACGGAUCCUCGAACACAUCGUACUCGCCUCCACAGAUGGGAGAUGAUGAUGCUUUUACUUCGGCUGCUGGGACAACUUCGAUACCGGCAACAAUGGAGGAAACUCUAAAGGUCCCUCCCGGUUGGGAGACUGGGGGCUCUCCACGAGGGCCAGGGAUGACUCCGGGUUUCUCAGGCUUCUCCGGAAAUUUGGGAGAUUGGGAAACCAUGAUGGGCGAGGUCAAUUGGGAGGGCAGUGGUAUGACGCCGAAGUAG